UCAUCAAUUGGCUCCUGCCUUAUAAAUUUACAGGGUCUCCCAGUUUCUUGCAUGUUCUGCUCUCUCCUCAGCUCCUGAUCUACUAUCCAGGAAACAGACGGACAGACGGACAGACGGACAGACGGGUGCAGCCAAGAUGUCCUUCUCUGCCUGCCUUCUCCUUUGCCUUCUCGGCAGUCUCCUUUCCAGCUCCUGGGCGCAAGAAGGUGCUCAGAAUGGCACCAUACCUGAGGCCCGCGCUCCAUGCGCUCCUGGUGAUCUCUACUACAGAUGGCAUUGCUAUCAAUAUUGUGCUUCCUGCGUCUCCUGGGAAGAUGCAGAGGUCAUAUGUCAGGGACUGAAUGAGAUCGAAAGUCACCUGGCUUCCCUCCUCUCUGCAAGCGAGGGCAGAAUAGUGAGCAACUACCUGAGGAGAAAGGGCGCCAGCAGCGUCUGGGUCGGUCUGCAGGCUACACGCAGCCAUGGGAGAGGUAGUCCAAAGAAGACUUCAUUCUGGCGACCUAAACCAGUGGACAGGGUCUGGGAAUGGAGCGAUGCAACCCCCGUGAGCAAGACUCUCUGGGACGGCUUCAGCCUCUUUACCGCUGGUUCCUCCGACGAAUGCGUCUCCAUGAUCAACAUCCAGAACACACUUUCCCGGAAGUCACAGCAGCGCUCCUGUACUGACGCUCUGCCGUUCCUGUGCAAAUACCAAGCGGGCUAUUAGCCCUUUGGUUCCCAUCCAACUCUUAGGAUGAAACUGUAAGAUGUCCCUUCAAUGAACAAUGAAAAUUCAGCCACUCCGGAUGAUGUCUCCAGUCCUCAGAUUGCUCUAGUUCAGUGGUUCGCCACCACGGCUCUAGUUCCUUGCUCCUAGAUUGCCUCUAGUUCCUUGCUCCUUGCCUGAAACAGCCACUCCCAAAUUCUAGCUGCAACAUCCCCUUUCCCGAACCACUUUCAAAUCUCUCUCCCACCCCCCCUUGCCCAAUUCUCCUGGCCAAGAACGGAAGCU